AUGGCUCCCCUUGCCAGCUGCUCCACCGCCAAGGUGACCGGCUCCACCGCCGUCCUGGGCGGCGCACGCGUGACCCGCCAGAAUGUGAGCAAUGGCGCCUUUGCCACCAUGCGCCGCAGCUCCUCUAGCCAGAGGCCGUCCCAGAAGGGCCGGUGGAAGGGCAUGGACGCUGGCAUGGACGCGUCGGACGACCAGCAGGACAUUUCUCGCGGCCGCGAGAUGGUGGACAGCCUGUUCCAGGGCGGCCAGGGCAUGGGCGGCACUCACAACGCGAUCCUCUCCUCCCAGGACUACCUCUCCACGGCCCAGCGCAACUUCAACAACAUCGAGGACGGCUUCUACAUCUCGCCCGCCUUCCUGGACAAGAUCUCCAUCCACGUGGCCAAGAACUUCCUGGACCUGCCCAAGAUCAAGGUUCCCCUCAUCCUGGGCAUCUGGGGUGGCAAGGGCCAGGGCAAGACCUUCCAGUGUAACUUGGCCUACAAGAAAUUGGGCAUCUCCCCCAUCGUCAUGUCCGCCGGCGAGCUGGAGAGUGGCAAUGCGGGCGAGCCCGCCAAGCUGAUCCGCCAGCGCUACCGCGAGGCCUCCGACAUUAUCAAGAAGGGCAGGAUGAGCUCCCUUUUCAUCAACGACCUGGAUGCCGGUGCCGGCCGCAUGGGCGAUGCCACCCAGUAUACCGUCAACAACCAGAUGGUGAAUGCCACGCUGAUGAACAUUGCGGACAACCCCACCAACGUGCAGCUGCCUGGCGUGUACAAGAACGAGGAGAUUCCCCGCGUGCCCAUUGUGUGCACUGGUAACGAUUUCUCCACCCUGUACGCCCCGCUGAUCCGCGAUGGCCGCAUGGAGAAGUACUAUUGGAACCCCACUCGCGAGGAUCGUGUUGGCGUGUGCAUGGGCAUCUUCCAGCACGACAAUGUGGACCGCGCCGACGUGGAGACGCUGGUGGACGCCUUCCCUGGCCAGUCCAUCGACUUCUUCGGCGCGCUGCGUGCCCGUGUGUAUGACGACAAGGUGCGGGAAUGGAUUCAGGGCACGGGUGUGGAGAACAUCGGCAAGCGCCUGGUGAACAGCCGCGAGGGCAAGGUCGAGUUCGACAAGCCCCCGAUGCCCCUCAGCACGCUGAUGAACUACGGAAAUCUGCUGGUGGAGGAGCAGGAGAACGUGAAGCGUGUGCAGCUGGCGGACGAGUACAUGAGCGGCGCGGCACUGGCCGGCUCUUCGGGCAGCAGCCUGCCGGAGGGCUACAAGGCCGUGUAA